AUGGGCAAGGGAGGAAGACGGGACAAAUAUAAGCUCGCUGCUACUUCAGAGAAGGAGAACAACAAGGGUGAGGUAGUUCUGGAUGAUCACAAGCUGACACUUGAUGAACUCAACAGCAAAUAUGGCACUGACUUGACCAGGGGAUUGACUGCCAGUCGUGCAAAAGAGAUCCUUGCUCGCGAUGGUCCUAAUGCUCUUACUGCUCAGACCCCACCACGGACCACCCCCGGAUGGAUGAAGUUCUGCAAGAUCAUUGUUAUGUCCUCUAUUCUGCUGUGGAUUAUAGCCAUCCUCUACUUCCUGACCUGCAUUAUUCAGACUGCCUUAGGACAUGAAUCAGCAAUUGAUAACUUGUACUUGGGUGUUGCUGUGUCUGCUGUUGCGAUCAUCACUGGAUGCUUCUCCUACAACCAGAAGGCUAAGAGCUCAAAGAUCACAAACUCCAUCAAGGUUCCUCAGCAAGCCCUGGUUGUACGUGAUGGUGAGAAGAAGAACAUUAAUGCUGAGGAGGUGGUGGUUGGAGAUCUGGUGGAGGUGAAAGGUGGAGACAGAAUCCCUGCUGACCUGCGUAUCAUCUCCGCUCAUGGCUGCAAGGUGGACCACUCCUCCCUCACAGGAGAAUCUGAGCCUCAGAUGCGUACCCCUGACUUCUCCAAUGAUAAUCCCCUGGAAACUAGGAACCUUGCAUUCUUCUCCACUAACUGUGUUGAAGGUACUGCUAGAGGUAUUGUCAUCAAAACUGGUGAUAGCACACUCAUGGCUCAUGUUGCCCACCUGGUCUCUGUCCUUGACAACGGUCUCACAUCCAUUGGAAUCGAGCAUUUAAUCCACAUCAUCACUUCUAGGGCCGUCCUUCUCUUACUGGGUUCCUUGUUCGCCAUCCUCUCGUAUAUCUUCAGUUACACCUGGCUGGAUGGGGUCAUCUUCCUCCUUGUGAUCAUCGAUACCAACAUUUCAAAAGGUCUCCUCUUUACAUUUCCUGUGUGUCUGGCCGUGACUGCCAAGCGCAUGGCCAAGAAGAACUGCCUGGUGAAGAACCUGGAAGCUGUGGAGACUCUGGGCUCUACCACCACCAUCUGCACUAACAAGACCGGAACUCUGACAGAGAACCGCAUGAUGGUGGCCCACAUGUGGUUUGACAACCAGAUCCAUGAAGCUGACACCACCGAGAACCAGACUGGAACCUCUUUUGACCGCUCCACAGCCACCUGGACAGCCUUGGCACGUGUGGCUGGUCUGUGUAACCGUGCUGUCUUCCUGGCAGACCAGCAGAAUGUCCCUAUCCUCGAGAAAGACACAGCUGGAGAUGCCUCUGAGUCUGCCCUGCUGAAGUGCAUUGAGCUGUGCUGUGGCUCAGUGACAGAGAUGCGUGAGAAGUGCCAAAAGCUUGUCGAGAUCCCCUUCAACUCCACCAACAAAUAUCAGGUAUCAAUCCAUAAAAACAGUACCCCUGGCGAGACAAAGCACCUGUUGGUGAUGAAGGGAGCCCCAGAGAGGAUCCUGGACCGCUGCUCAUCCAUCCUGCUUCAGGGCAAAGAACAACCCCUGGAUGACGAGAUGAAGGAUGCCUUCCAGAACGCCUACGUUGAACUUGGAGGUCUAGGCGAAAGAGUGUUGGGUUUCUGCCAUUGCAACCUGCCUGAUGACCAGUUCCCUGAGGGGUUCAAUUUCGAUACUGAGGAGGUGAACUUCCCCACUGUAAAGCUGUGUUUUGUCGGCCUCAUGUCCAUGUUUGACCCUCCUCGUGCUGCUGUACCUGAUGCUGUGGGCAAAUGCAGGAGUGCUGGCAUCAAGGUUAUCAUGGUAACUGGUGACCAUCCUAUCACUGCAAAGGCCAUUGCCAAGAAGGUGGGUAUCAUCUCUGAAGGAAAUGAGACUGUGGAAGACAUUGCCACUCGCAUGAACAUCCCUAUUGAAGAGGUCAACCCAAGAGAUGCCAAGGCUUGUAUCGUCCAUGGUAAUGAACUGAUGGACAUGGAGCCUGAAUUUCUGGAUGACAUCCUGAAGUACCACACUGAGAUUGUGUUUGCCAGAACUUCUCCACGGCAGAAACUCUUCAUUGUUGACAGCUGCCAGCGACAAGGCGCCAUUGUGGCUAUGACAGGAUAUGGUGUCAACGACUCUCCUGCCCUGAAGAAGGCUGACAUUGGUGUUGCUAUGGGUAUCGCCGGAUCUGAUGUCUCUAAGCAGGCUGCUGACAUGAUCCUUCUGGAUGACAACUUUGCCUCCAUUGUUACAGGAGUUGAGGAAGUUCGUCUGGUCUUGGACAACUUGAAAAAGUCCAUCGCCUACACUCUGGCCAGUACCAUCCCUAAGAUCACACCUUUCCUUUUCUUCAUCAUGGCCAACAUCCCACUCCCUCUGAGUACAGUCUCCAUCCUCUGUAUUGCUUACGUAACAGACAUGGUUCCUGCCAUCUCCCUGGCAUACGAAAAGGCUGAAGAUGACAUCAUAAAGAGACAGUCAAGAAACCCCAAGACAGACAAGCUGGUGAAUGGGAGGCUUAUCAGUAUGGCCUAUGGGCAGAUCGGUAUGAUCCAGGCCCUGGCAGGAUUCUUCACAUAUUUUGUAAUCUUGGCUCAAAACGGUUUUCUGCCCCCCAUACUACUCGGAAUUCGAGAGAAGUGGGAUGACAAGUCCAUUAACGAUCUGGAGGACAGUUAUGGACAGCAGUGGACCUAUGAACAGAGGAAGAUUGUGGAGUUCACCUGCCAGACAGCCUUCUUCAUCAGCAUUGUGGUCGUGCAAUGGGCUAAUCUGAUCAUCUGCAAGACCAGGAGAAACUCACUCUUCCAACAGUGCAUGAAAAAUAAAGUCCUCAUCUUUGCCCUGUUUGUGGAGACAGUCCUGGCUGUCUUCUUGUCAUACUGUCCAGGCAUGGACGUCGUCCUCAAAAUGUACCCUCUCAAACCAUGCUGGUGGCUCUGUGCCUUCCCAUAUGCACUACUUAUCUUUAUUUAUGAUGAAAUCCGUAAGCUUCUCCUGCGACACUUCCCAGGAGGUUGGGUGGAAAGAGAGACCUACUACUAG